UACAUGCAAUCCUUCCAAGAAAUGAUCUUCUAAUGAGCAAGGAUAAACAUAGCUGCAUAGAAAAACAUAAAAAUACAUCAUUUUAGCAUUUAUAAGAUUAACAUCGGAUGCACCCCUGUGCUGUACRAUAGACAGAGGAGGAUGGCCUUCGUCAAAAGAAUAUGGAGGUUUUAUAUUGUGAUCGUAACGAGCUUGUGUUGUUUUGAAUCCUCAUUAUGCAAGAAAAUGACGUUUGAAAUAGAAAGGCGUCUUAAGGGAGAUGCGAUUCCUAAUGACUUUAUCAUCAACGGCAAAGGAGAGUGGGAAAAGUGGCAACGAUGUCUUCAAAACAACUGCCGAACAGAAUUCAAGACAGUUAAGUAUGGAUCAGCAAGGAGCUGCCGGUGCGCUUGUCAAUAUGCUUUUUCUACUUUUCGCAUGGGAGCCACUGCUAGCAAUUCUUCAUGUAUCGAGAAUUCUAAACUACGAUCAGAUGAAGGUUGCAGCAUUCUUUUUCAGAAUGAGGGUACACCGACUAACUCUCUUACUGUAAUAGACACCAGUAAAAGUGGCCAGAACAAUGUGGUUUUUCCAGGAAAUUCCAGAUGCAAUACUUCUGGUUCUGCUCUCUAUUGGGAUUAUGGAGUGUGGAAGUCAUCACUCGAAGAUAUUUUCUUAUUAUAUGCACCAAAUUCAUGGACUAGAUAUCUUAAGUGGAACAGGAUCACUAAAUAUCCUGGAAGAAUCAUAAAACAACCUCUGACUUGCACUAGCAUUUCAACAUCACAGACCAGCAGACAUUGUAUAAUAUUUAAAAUAUCUGGAAAGCUUUUGUAUGAUUUAGAUCCUCCUACAAAAGCACCAACAACAAGUUCUACAAGAAGUGUAGGAACAAUAAAGACACUAAGGACACAGCUUUCUUCAACAACUAAACAACCUACAACUAAACGGUUUACUCCAUCUACAACUACCUCUCAAAGCACACCUAAACUUGUUACAUCUGUACAAACCACAACAAGUAGACAAACAACACACAGCUUACAUUAUACAACACAUAACACAGUUGAGACUUCAACGGUACCAGUAACUGAUCAAACAAUAACCACAGAAAGACAUAAACACAGCACUAAUAAAAUAGCUUCAACAGCUACUGAAGAUAUCCCAACGGAAGAGAGUGAGAUGCCAGUUACAGAAGUAACAGAACAAUCGACCACUGAAACAGAUGUGGUCCCAGGAAAGAAGGGUGCUCGUGGAGAAUCCAGUGAUUCUGAUAGCAGCAAUGACACACUUGUAAUUACAGCCAUCGGUGCUGCAGCAGCUAUUGCAUGUGUUAUAAUAAUUUGCAUCUUUCUUUGGUUUGUGGUGAAAAGAAAACAGAACAAUAGGAAUAAUGAAGCAUACUGCAGUACAGAUAUGACAGUUAUUACAAAUGGUACUGGAAUGAAUAACACUUCUGUUCCUACACUCAAAAACCCGAUAUACGAUAAUCCUGCUUACUUGGACUCCACUGAAAAACAUCACCCCAAACAACUGCCAAUGCUUGGAAAUCCUGUCUAUGAUAAAGCCAUUGUUAACAACAACAACAACAACAAAGGCCACCCGAAUGUCAAAAACCCAUCAGACGAACGAAAAACUAAGAUUGAUAGUAAUCACUAUGACAACGAGGAUGAUGAUGAAGCAUAUGACAACCCUGGUUAUCAGGAAUUGGUCGUCAAAACAUUAAAGGGGACUGCCAAUAAUGCUGGUUAUAGUGACUCUACUUACGAUAAUACUUAUGCUGAACCUGAAAAGCCUGUAUAUGAAGCACUAUCAGUAAAUAAUGGAAGGGAUUCUAUCUAUCAGGCAUUGGUGCACAACGGCCAGAGCACAGAAACUAUGGAACCUCCUGAAUACUUGACUUUACUCGAUGAAAAUCCAAGUCCAGAAAAACAAGACGUACCAGAAUAUUUGACUCUAGUGGGUGAGGAAACCAACCAAACCCAACCAGAGGCAGAUGACUAUGACUAUGCCUAUGUAGAUGGACAGGAAAAGCGAACCACCCUAAGAACACCAAGCACAAAAGGUGCUGGUAUGUCCCAACAAGACUCUAAAGUUUAUGAUGGCCUCAAUGAUAAUGGUCCUCCAUUGUAUGAUGUCCUUGAGGACCCCAAUGAUAAAGAACCUCCAGUUUAUGAUGUCCUUGAAGGACCUGAUGCGGGAGACGAUUACCUUAUGCCAGUACAUGGCAAUCAGUCAAAAUAGAAAAACACAAAGACAAACGUACUCACAGCCUAUAUUUUUUAUCUGCCUCUCCUUAGAGCCACAUGUUUUUAGUCUUGGUUUUUGGUGCCACUUUGAAUCGAUACAUCAAAAAUAUGUAACAAAUAAAAAAGCUUUUUCCGUGCUCCGUUCAGUAAUAAAGCACGCAGGAAGUGGCGUAAGCACGAAAGAAUAUUGUAAAGAGAAGCACGAGCCGUAGGCGAGUGCUUACGCCGCGUCCUAAGUGCUUCAAUACUGGAUGGACCACGGAAAAAGCUGUUUUAUUAUGUAUCUACUUUUUUUUCGGUAUUGAAGUUAUUUACGCAAAAAGAAAGACGGUCACAGGAUCUAGCAGCACUUCGUGCGCGGGGAUGGCGUUAGCACUGCUCUGUUAACUAAUAUAAUAAAGCACAGUUUUCGACCCAUCAGAGCGCGCGUACUAUCCAAGCUAUACAAUAAAAAUGCAUAAGAAGUUCAAAAAUAGCCAUCAUAUAUUGAUAGGUAUAAAGAUGAAUAGGAGUUCCUUUCCUUUGGUAAGGGUCUAUGAUUUAUGAAAUUUCUAAGAAAGUUCAAACAUGUAAAUUUUAAGGAUCAAAAAAAGUUGUUAGAUAAUUUAUUCCUUGUAAAGAAUAUUUGAGAAAAGAAUGUCAUAGUUGAGCCAUAAUUCACAAGUGCUCGUUUUAUAAGAAUAUUUUCCUAAAGUCCAUAGUUUUACUAUCUUUCUAGUAUUCAAGAUUAAAUGUAUAUUUGUGAUGCAAGAGGUAUAUUUUUAUGCAUAAAUAUUAAAGAAUUAUUGACGCAAUCAUUAUAUGAUACUAAAAUCAUGAAGAAUAAACUAUUAAUAUUGA